CUCAAAUCAAUCCAAGCUCUUCCGAUCCCAUCGACAAUCAGAAAACGACAACAAUACCGCAAUCAUGGUCAAGAAGAGAGCUUCCAACGGUCGUAACAAGAAGGGACGUGGUCAUGUCAAGCCGAUCAGAUGCUCCAACUGCUCUCGGUGCACACCCAAGGACAAGGCAAUAAAGAGAUUUACCAUCCGUAACAUGGUCGAGUCUGCUGCUAUUCGUACGUAUCUUUACCCGACACCUCGAACGAAUCUCCAACAAGCAUCUGCCGACACUUGGGAUGCCUUAACCACAUGGCAGGCGUCGUGGGAAACUUGGCCAAGAACAAUUGCUAACGUUUUUGCCCCAGGUGAUAUCUCGGACGCAUCUGUAUUCCCAGAAUACACCGUUCCCAAGAUGUACCUCAAGCUGCAGUACUGUGUCUCUUGCGCCAUUCAUGGCAAGAUUGUUCGGUACGUUCAAGCACUCGAGAUGAAACCUUGGUUGAACUUCUGUCCUUGGAUCAUAAGCAAGGACCCUCCACUUCUAGAUACAGAAGGGCUAACAAUUUUUCCUCAUAGUGUCCGAUCCCGCGAAGGUCGCCGCAACCGCGCACCACCUCCUCGUGUUAGAUACAACAAGGACGGAAAGAAGGUCAACCCAAACCAGGCUGCUGCCAAGACCACUCAGGCAUAGAGGAUCAUAACGAUUUUAUGGGCGUCAUGGAAACUGGGAUUCACG